GAUGUCGUCCUCCGGUCGACCAAGAAAAACACCGUACCGAACAUCCAAUCCAAGUACGUGCUCGCUGAACUCGAGAACUGCAGCCAGGUGACUUAGCUAGCUGGCCGGUGCGAUCGAGCUGAGAUGGCCUCCGCCUUGACCUCCUACUCCUCAAAGGUGGCUGCACUCGCUGCACUGUUCGUGGUGCUUGCGAUGCACGCCGAGGCGGGCAGCUGGCUCCCGGCCAAGGCCACAUGGUACGGCGCGCCCGACGGCGCCGGCCCUGACGACAAUGGCGGCGCGUGUGGGUUCAAGCACACCAACCAGUACCCGUACAUGUCCAUGACGUCGUGCGGCAACGAGCCGCUGUUCAAGGACGGCAAGGGCUGCGGCGCAUGCUACCAGAUACGGUGCCUCAACAGCAGCCACGACGCUUGCUCCGGCAGAGCCAAGCGCGUGGUGAUCACGGACAUGAACUACUACCCGGUGUCCAAGUACCACUUCGACCUCAGCGGCACGGCGUUCGGCGCCAUGGCCAGGACGGGGCUCAACGACAAGCUCCGCCACGCCGGCAUCAUCGACAUCCAGUUCAGGAGGGUGCCCUGCAACUACAAGGGCCUGAACGUCAACUUCCGCGUCCAGGUGGGCUCCAACCCGAACUACUUCGCGGUGCUGGUGCAGUACGCGGGCAAGGACGGCGCCGUGGUGCAGCUGGACCUGAUGGAGACGAACAAGGACACCGGCAAGCCGACGGGCGUGUGGACGCCGAUGCACGUGUCGUGGGGCGCCGUCUGGCGCCUCGACACCAAGCGCCCGCUGCGGCCGCCCUUCUCGCUGCGCGUCCGGAGCGACUCCGGCAAGACGCUGGUGGCCAGCAACGUCAUCCCGGCCGACUGGAAGCCGAUGACCGACUACCCCUCCUCCGUCCAGUUCCCUUAGCCGCACGCUGUGCGAUCACCCGGAUCUAUAUCUAUCAUUGUUAUUCGUCCGAUUAAUUAUAUAUUGCUUUUUUAAUUAUUGUGUUUACGUGUCUUAAGAUGCGUGGGAUGAUGGAGGAGGCAAUGUGUAUGUGAUCUCCCGCCCACGAUCGCAACAUUGAAAUAAGACAGAAUGCCCUUGUUGCUAUUGAAACUUAUAAUUAAUGAUUCCUUGGUUGCCACCAAAAUUUAUAACA